AUGUUUGAUUUAGAUGACGUCCUAGCCCUCCUCCCACAAUCGGAACGUUCUCGAGUACAAGCCGCCGACUUUCACGCUUUUAGAAGUUCCCAACGUGCCUGUAAUCUUCAAGAGCACAUUCCAGAUUGUUUAAAUCAUGGAGGGCCGAUGAGUGCACCUGAAUUGCUGUCUUGUUUUCGAAACGAGCUUAACUUUAGUGAAAAUCCUUUAUUUUGGAGAGCAUUGGCUGCUGAGCUUGGAGUUUCAAAAAUGGUUGUGGAUGGAGAGUUAAUAGUUGAAUCAGGAAUUGAAAUGAUCAGACAAGGGGCUCGAGUGCCUAUGAUGACUGGGGUUGCGAGGAAAGAAUGGGCACAUAAAAAACGUAAAGAAUAUUUUUAG